AUGUGGAUGCAGGUAUUGGAACUAGGAAUCGUGGUUCAUUCAGAAAUAAUUGGGAUAGCCUUGGGUGCAUCCGAAGACCCGUCCAGCAUUAAGCCACUUGUUGGAGCUCUAACUUUCCAUCAGUUCUUCGAGGGCGUUGGACUUGGUGGAUGCAUACCUCAGGUACGUACCAACAAUGCAAUAUCAUCGUAUCUGAUAAUGAUACUAUUCUUCUCACUUACAACACCAAUUGGGAUUGGAAUCGGCAUCGGAAUAUCAAGUUCGUACGAAGAGAACAGUCCUACCGCUCUAAUAACAUCAGGUGUUCUAGAUGCAGCAGCAGCUGGAAUCUUGAUAUACAUGUCUCUGGUGGAUCUAUUAGCAGCUGAUUUCAUGAACCCUAGAAUUCAACAAAAUGCUAAGCUUCAGUUUUCAGCUUACGUAUCCCUACUUGUUGGAGCUACCUGUAUGGCUAUCAUUGCUAAAUGGGCUUGA